UCCUUGCAGAAGGCUUGGGGAGAGCUUUGGACACAGGCUUCCCAGUCGCGCCAGAAGGAAGUUCUGGUGUUUCCUCCUCAAGUCAGGAAUGCCUCUCUUUGGGAGUAUAUUCAGCCCAAAGAAGACGCCGCCUCGGAAGUCGGCCUCUCUCUCCAACCUGCAUUCUUUAGAUCGGUCAACGCGGGAAUUGGAGCUGGGCCUUGAUUAUGGAACUCCCACCAUGAACCUGGCGGGGCAAAACCUGAAGUUUGAAAAUGGCCAGUGGGUAGCAGACACAGUGAUUAGUGGAGGUGUGGAUCGUAGGGAGACUCAGCGCCUGCGCAAACGGAACCAGCAGCUGGAAGAAGAGAACAAUCUCUUGCGGCUGAAAGUGGACAUUCUGCUGGACAUGCUUUCGGAGACCACUGCCGAGUCCCACUUAAAGGACAGAGAACUGGACGAACUGAAGAUCAUCAACCGCAGGAGGAAGUGAAGAGCCUGGACAGGCCAGCUAGAAGAUUAGAAGUCCCCACUGACCCCUGGGGAGGAGGAUGUGGCAGAGCCCUUGGAUUUUCAGUCAAACUAAUAGACUUGCCCUGAGAGAGAACAUUAACAGACCCUAGCUCCCUUGGACUUGGGGACAGGGAGGUGGCAUGGGAUGGAAGAAACCAAGGUUGCAAGCCAGGACCAUAGCUUGGGAGGCGCCACAGGCACACUGCCCAGGAUGUCAAUCUAAAGCAAACUGCAGGCAGGUCUAGAAAAUAGUUGGCCCUUGGCUGCUGUCUGCAGGUGACAGCAUACAGCUGUCCAUUGUCUCAGAGUCACCGUGUUCAGGCAGUUGGCAGUUCACCUCUUCACACUGGGGUCUGGCACUAGUUCCAGUUCACACUUCACGUGAGGGUGCACAGUGAGUGGCUCUGCAUUCUCUGUCCCCUCUGGCCGUGCUCUCUCUGCCUUCAAAGAAUCCCCAUCCCCAAGUCCACAGCCUCUUCUGCCAUCAGCUUCCCAGCAGCAACCUCUGCCCUCCACAGCACGUUGUAAUUUACUCUUUCUGUUUUGACUAUUUUUAUUUUUAUUAAAUGGUGUUCAAUAA